AUGACGUCCAACUAUAUAAUUCAUAUGGGGAGUAACACCAUAAAUAAACGAAUAAAGAUUAAAGAACUUUUAAGCAAGUAUGAAAUUAAAAUAUUAGAAAAAAAUGCGAAUGCGUUUUUCUAUAUACUUAUAAAUUUAAUAUUUAACUUGCCAGUUGAAAGAUUUCGAUUAGCUAUUAACAGAAAAUAUAUAUUCUUAAAAAAAAGGAAAAGAAAUUAUCUAGUAUUUGAUAUAACAAAAAAAUUGUUAUUAAUGAACAACAUUGAUACAAAUGAAAGGUUUAUAAAUUUUAUUGAAAAUAAAAAACGCCAUUUCAACACAAAAUCAUGGAUAAAUGAUCCAUCAUCAUGUCAAGCUAAUACUACCUCAGACCCCCUCAAUAUGUAUAAUGAUAAUUUUUCAAAACAUACAAUUGUUUAUGAUAAUAUUUUUAAAAAUAAUUUACCCAUCAAAUAUAAUAACCAAAAAGACAUUUCUUAUUAUGAUAUUUUUUAUAAUAUCUUAAGAAAUGGUCAAAAAGAAUCUUUUGAAAAUAAUAAACUAUUUUGUGAAAACAAUUUGAAAAAAAACAACACCAUAUGUAAUUGUUUAAGUAAUCCAAAUUAUCUCAAAACCGAUUUAGAUAUUAAUGAAAAUAAUUCAACUGUAGCUAAUUCAUCUUUAUUAUCUUCUAAUGGUGAACCCCCUAAUGCUACUAUUAUGAAUAACACUAAAAAUAAAUAUUCCAGUUUUUUCAAGAGCCAAAGUUUAUUUCCAUUAAACACAAUAAAUCUGAAAUAUAUACAAAAUAAAAUAAACGAAUUAAAAUUAAACAACUAUGAAGAAAACAAUAUAAAUGAUAUGUGCUUAUCAUGUAAAAGGGAAGUAAUCGAUCUUAAUAACAAUGAACAUAAUAAUUUUGGUACAAAAAAAUGUAUUAUAAAAAUAAAAGAAAAUAAAUCCACUAUUAAUAUUUUUGAUGAAUUUCUUGAUAUUCAUGUAUUAUUUCGAUUAAAGGGGGGAAAAGGAGGAUUUGGAGCUAAUUUAAGAAAUAAAAAAAGAAAAAAAAAGAAAAAAAAAAGUAAUGACAUUUUAAGUAAUGCUUCAAGAAAUAUAAAAGGACAUAGAGUUCUAUUAGAUAAUAUAGUUCAAACAACUGAAAAAUUAUUAACAAAAAAACAAAACGAACAAACCAUAGCUGACAAAUUAAAUAAUGCAACCUCCUUAUUAACUAAUAUUACCGUUUCUGGUGAUAACUCCGAUGAACAAUUAUCUAAAUAUAUUCCUCAAAAUGAAACAGAAACUGAAACAAACCAUAAUACAGAUUUCUUAAACAAUCAAAAAAAUGCCGUUCAUGAAAUUGUAGAAAGUGGAAUUCAUUAUGAAACAGAACAAAAAAAAAAAUCAGAAAAAAUAAAAACAAAAAAAAAUAUUGAAAAAAACGAGCAAAAUAAUAAUAAAAACAACAUCUUAAAAUCUUUGGAUGAUAUGUACACAUUUUUGUGA